AUGGAGGCGGCGUCGCUGCCCGCCGCGCUGGAGCUGGUGGCCGGCGGCGGCGCGGGGCUGAGCCCGGAGAAGCGGGCGGUGUUGGGUGCCUCGCUGCUGCUCCUCCAGCGCGACUACCGCUUCGAGCGGGUCUGGUUCUGGGGCUGCAUCCAGGGCGUGCGCGGCGCCUACUACAUCGCCGAGGGGCUGGGCCCCGACCGCGCCGCGCCCCGCAGCCGCCUCUACAGCUUGAACUGCGUGGAAUGGAGCCUACUGCCACCGGCAACCGAGGAGAUGGUUGCACAGGCUGAGCAGCUGAAGGGCCGUUUCCAGGGGGAUCCUUCUUUUGAGUACGAGUACACUGAGAUAAAUGCAGAAGAUGCUGAAAGAUUGUUUGAAGAUGGUAAGGAGCCCAUGAUCAAGGAGGAGUCCCGCCUCAUAGCUACGAUAGAACAGAUAGACAGAGCAGUUGGUAUCAUCCCCCGGGGGGCAUUUGUGAAGACUCCUCUUGGGUCUGUACAUGAAAACAGAAACUUUGAAGGUCUUUCUUUGACGGAGGCAAAAAAGUUAAGUUCCUAUUUCCAUUUUACUGAGCCUGUUAACCUGAAGAAUAAAACCCUGCUGGAAAAGGCUGACCUGGACCCAUCCACUGACUUUCUAGACUCUCUGGAGCAUGAUAUCCCACGAGGCUCGUGGACUGUCCAGCUAGAGAAGGGAGGCACUGUGGUGGUGCUGCGGAGCCUGCUGUGGCUGGGACUGACGUUCUACCAUGUCCCAAUGACGAAGCAAUAUGGCUACAUCUACUUUGGUACUGGAUGGAAAAUUAUGCACAUCUAUCAGUCCCAAACUAUGCCACGAAGCAGCCAUAUCACUGACACGGAAGAUUUGUUGCAAACGUAUUUGCAAAGGAAAAAAGAACCAAGCCAAGUCAUCAAGGGUGUCAACAUUUUGUAUUAUUUGCUAGAUCCAGGAGUGAAGCACAAGCCAGGAAUCCUUAAGGGGACAUGUAAGACACAUGUCUGUCUGCCACUGCCACAGGUGUUCUGCUGCAAAUUAUGGAUCGUACAGAUUAUAUAUAAAAAAAACAUUUCAGUAGCCCCUGCUUUCUCCAAAACAUUCUGCACAUUGAACUUUGCUUUGCUGAAUCUUGUAUUCUCCUAGAGG